AUGGAUCCGUUGUCCAUCACCGCCAGUGUCGCUGGACUGAUAACGCUUGCAGGAGUCAUCAUCUCGAAAGGGUUUCAAAUCUCGGACAGGUUUACCAAUACCGAGAAAGAGCUGAAUUCGCUUCUAAAUGAAGUUUCCAGCUUUUCUGGUCUCUUAGUUGGUGUGCAGUCACAUUUUGAACAGCAUCAAGCUUCAACCCCUUUUUCCAUAUACUCUCUGAACCUACCAAGGCUCAGAGAAAGGGACCAAUCACCAACGACUCCAGCCGGGCAUCUUUAUACUGCUCUCAACGAUUGCAAGUCUAUAUUAGAAGAUGUGAAAAGGUUGGUAGAAAAGAUAUCCAUCACGCCCUCCUUCCAACUGGUUCUUCGCCGUGAGGUCUUUUUAAAAGAGGCUGUCAAACACGCUGCCAAACUAGAGCGUUACAAAUCCUUUUUUAUACUAGCCUUUCAGAUAAACAGCUGGGCACGCGAAGAAGAAUCCCGGCCGAUUACUUCUUUGAUGAAGAAUCAAUUGGAGACGAUCGGAGCCGCACAAAGACGUCUUGAAGAUAAACAUGAGGCUCAAAUACAGGGCAAGAUGAAGGACGAAAUCUUCGACUGGCUGGGGAAUGCCACAGUAGCAGCUCACAGUGACUCUCUGGAAUCAAGACACCCGGAGACAGGGACAUGGUUUCUUAGCAGCUCUGAAUUUAUAAAUUGGAUAUCGGACGAUUCCUCCAACCUCUGGCUUGAUGGCAUAGGUACAUACCUCUAUCACACAUAUUAUCUAUUCAGAGAGAGCUAA